UGUAGUGAGGUGGUGCGGGGAAAAUGGGGUGGAAUCUUCCUUUCCCAGUUCUGGCAAUUUGGCGAAUGGGUAGAUGUGGUGAUCGAUGACCGUCUCCCGGUCAAAGAUGGAAAGCUGGUGUUUGUGCACUCGGCGGUGAGGAACGAGUUCUGGAGCGCCCUCCUGGAAAAAGCCUACGCCAAAUUAAGUGGUUGUUAUGAAGCCCUCGCGGGAGGAAGUACAUCAGAAGGUUUUGAAGACUUCACGGGAGGAGUGACCGAAAUGUACGACCUCCGUAAAUCGCCCUCUGACCUUUACCGAAUUAUCCAAAAGGCUGUGGAACGAGGCUCCCUCAUGGGCUGCUCCAUCGAUAUAACCAGCCAGUUCGACUUGGAGGCUGUGACGUUCAAGAAGUUGGUUAAAGGUCACGCUUACUCCCUCACUGGUGCCGAAGAGGUAUGUGCCCGGGGAGGUUUGAUUAAAUUGGUGCGACUGCGAAAUCCCUGGGGGGAGGUCGAGUGGACUGGAGCUUGGAGUGACAGGUCAAACGAAUGGAACAGUGUGGACCCCUCGCAGUGCAGCUCGAUGAGAGUGAAGCUGGAGGAUGGGGAGUUUUGGAUGUCUUUCGCUGACUUCCUCAGAGAAUUCAACCGCUUGGAAAUUUGCAACUUGACACCGGACACUCUGAAAUCAGACAAGGUUCGCAAGUGGAGCACCUCCCUGUACGAGGGCUCAUGGAGGCGUGGGAGCACUGCCGGAGGCUGCCGGAAUUAUCCAGCCACUUUCUGGAUAAACCCGCAGUUUAAGAUUGAACUAAAGGAUGAGGAUGAUGACCGUGAGGGAACCGAACCGGGCUGCAGCUUCCUGGUCGCUCUGAUGCAGAAAGAUCGCCGCAAACUGCGCACCGCAGGCCAGGACAUGGAGACCAUCGGCUUCGCCAUCUACGAGGUCCCCCGCGAGUACAUUGGACGCUCCGCUGUUCACCUGAAGCGGGAUUUCUUCCUGACGCAUGGCUCCCAAGCUCGUUCCGAGAUGUUCAUCAAUCUCCGGGAGGUCAGUAGCCGUUUCAAGCUGCCCGCCGGGGAGUACAUCAUCGUCCCCUCGACCUUCGAACCCAACAAAGAGGCCAACUUCUGCCUGAGGGUCUUCUCUGAAAAGCGCUCUCUCUCCGAAGAACUCGAUGAUGAAAUCAGUGCUGACCUUGGACAGGAGGAAGAAGUACCUGAACAUGCAAUUGAUGAAAAGUUCAAGAGUCUCUUCAGGCAAUUGGCUGGUGAGGACCUGCAGAUCACAGUGAUUGAGCUACAGACAAUUCUUAAUCGUGUGGUUGGAAAACACCAAGACCUGAAGACGGAAGGUUUCAGUCUGGAUUCCUGCCGAUGUAUGGUCAAUCUCAUGGACCGAGAUGGGAACGCGAGGCUGGGCCUGACAGAGUUCAAUGUGCUGUGGAACAAGAUACGCAAGUGGCUGGGAGUUUUCCGACAGUUUGAUCUGGACAAAUCUGGGAGCAUGAACGCCUACGAGAUGAGGCUGGCCUUGGAGUCUGCAGGGUUCAAACUGAACAAUCACAUGCACAAUCUGCUCAUCACACGCUAUGCGGAGCCUGACCUGUCUGUCAACUUUGAUAGCUUCAUCUGCUGUUUAAUCCGCUUGGAGAGCAUGUACAGAUCCUUCAUGAUGCUGGAUACAGACCGGGAUGGUAUUGUCACCUUUGAUGUGUAUCAGUGGCUCACACUGACCAUGUUCGCUUGAGAACGACGCUGUAAAGUCUCACCUCCUGCUGCUAUGUCCCACACCAAGUGCCUUCUGCUGCUCAGGCAAGGGAUACCAGUUUUGCCCUGCAUCUUGCAAACGUCUCCAGCCUCCUGACGAUCCCCCCUCCACCCUCCCAGCAUCCCCCACACUCUCCCGCCCCUCCUGGCUGCAGUUACGUUUUAUGUCGGAAUCGGAGCCAAGUUUCUGGGUGAUGUUUUAUGACUUGUGUACGUGUCUGUGUUAUUUUUUAAUUAUUGUUUCUGAAGGGCUGCCAAACUUUUUACAAGAAGUUCGAAUAAAAUGUAUCGACAAAAUAAAA